AAACGGCCCAUCCGCUGCUGCCUUCCCUCUUGCCUACCCAGAGCAGAGAGAGGUAUUCUGAUUUCGAUUUUGAUGUUUGUUUGUGGCCGUCUCCAGCGGCGGUAGCUCCUAAACCACGAGAUUCGGAAAGCCCAGCAACGAGCGGGUCGGCUCAACCGUGCAUUGGCACUCGAAGUUUUCUGGUUCCUCUCCUGGGAAUGGUCAUACAUGUCAUCUGCGCUGCGAAAACGAAAGAACCCGGAUCAGAGGGGUGCGAGAGCGUCGAGUCGACACCAGCAGCAGGGACGGUGCUCGCUGAGGCUGGAGGGCGUCCAGGCAAGGCCGUGGGUGAGAGUUUGCUGCGACAGCGGCAACCAGUGCAAAAAUGUCAGCUAGGACCUCGCAAAGGAGAGACUAUCACAUCGUCGUUUUGGGCGCGGGCGGAGUGGGCAAAUCGUGCCUCACUGCACAAUUCGUCCAGAAUGUCUGGAUCGAGAGCUAUGAUCCCACGAUUGAGGACUCGUACCGGAAGCAAAUCGAGGUCGAUGGUCGUCAAUGCAUGCUUGAGAUAUUGGAUACAGCUGGCACAGAACAGUUCACGGCGAUGAGAGAGUUGUACAUGAAGACAGGGCAAGGCUUCCUCCUCGUCUUUUCCAUUACCAGCCAAAGCAGCCUUGCCGAACUUCAAGAGCUCCGAGAGCAGAUCAUCCGCAUCAAAGAUGACGAGAACGUCCCUAUCGUUAUUGUUGGCAACAAGUCAGACCUUGAAGAAGACCGAGUAGUGACACGGCAGAGAGCAUUUACCGUCUCACAGAGCUGGGGAAAUGCUCCCUAUUACGAAACAUCUGCGCGGCGGCGGGCAAAUGUGGAUGAAGUCUUCAUAGAUCUCUGCCGGCAGAUCAUUCGCAAGGACAACACAACAACGCCGAGUCUGGAAGAAGACGUCGUGUAUCAUCGAAGAGAGCGCCGGCGACCACACAGAUCACGACGGAAGAAGAAGGAUGGCGUGUGUACGAUAUUAUGAUGACAUCGAGCAGCCAAAGGCUAUGAAUGUCGUAAGUCAUCAAGCACAGGGCGGUCCUGGAGACUGCGAAAGGCGAAUUUUCGAUUCAUGAUGAUUAUUCCAAAACGGUGGCAUUUUGUGAACAAAAUGGGAUUGCAUUUGUGGGGUUCUAACAUAGACAGGAAAAGUUCACGAUUUGAACUGGACAUAGCUCAUAGAGGUGGUCAUAUUGAAUUAUCU